GUAACGCCGAUCCUUGCAGUCGGAUUAGAGUUGGACCGCCGGUGCACACACUCUCGACUCUUUCGUUCGCUUGGUAUUACAGUCUGCAGAAGAAGACCAAAAUGUACGCUGCCGUGCUUUUCUCCGUGUUGAUAGUAGCUGCCUCCGCGGUCGGCGAAGAACCCGAGAAAUGCUGCUCUGACCCCUACUACACGUUCAUAGCAGAGAUUGUUGCGACUGAACUGAAAGAAGGCGCGCUGCUGACCGAACUGAUUCAACAACCUGGGGCCUACGAUUCCAUCGACAAGAAAAUCGGCUUGAAAUACAACGUACACAUCUCUAAUGGCACCCAAGAAGCCUUCCGGCUAAUCGCAGACUACAACGAGGGAAAGGCCUACGUUAUCUACAAAGAAGAGGAAGAAACAAAAUGCGACAUCUAUACCUUUUCCUAUGGUUUCCCAUACAACUGUGUGCCAGAGGACAGCAAGUUUGCCGGUUCUGUAACCAUCGGCGAUCGAGCUAUACGUGCGAACAACUGGUACCACAAUGACCAGAGUUCCCCCUCCGAAGACGUGCACACUGUGUACACCAUCGAGGAGGAGGAGUGCGUUGAUGUCAGCAGCUUCCAGCGAACCUUCGACCCAGAAACAGGAGAUGAGAUCAGCCUUGUAAGGUCCACCUAUUCGGAUUUCAGUCUGGGCAUCUGCCAUCCGGAUGAUUGGUUCAAAGUCCCAGAGGAAUGCCAGGCUGGGAGAGCAAAGAUGGUCGAAGGCAUCCCCAAGAAAUAUGCCGGACUUCGCGGACCAGGAGGAAAGCGUCUGUUCCAGUAGAUGACUCGUAAAUACGGCUUCAGUUUGAAGAUGGAAAGUACUUAAAACGAAAUAUCUACCGAGCUGAAAGAUUUUAAACGCUUGCGCAUAAGUUUCUUUUAGAUUUAUACUGGUUGAGGGUUAAUGAUAAUUUAGUUUCUGCUGGUUCAAAGAGGCCUGCCUAUAGACAAUUAUCAUGUUGCGGCCAUCUCUUUUUUUCCCAUUCAAAUCAACGUAACCAAAGCGAGGCUGGAAGGAAAAUGGUCUGGUUCCUUUUGCAUUAAAACCAUUAUCAUUCAGUACUGUUAUUGAAUACAAGGAAUAAAACUGAAUUGGUGGCAGCAUGUAUAGUCCUCUUUCUCCCUGACACUGACUUACUGAUCACCCCAUGUUACCAGUGAAUUAGACUGGACAUAGUCACAUCUUGGCCCAAAGGUUUGACAUAGGAUUAUCCCGAAUGACUAAAGGGUUAAAUCCGGCCCACUGUUCGGGCCACAUGCAUGAAAAGACUAGAAUCAAUUGAAUAGAAUUUGCUCGCUCUGUGACCAACCUUUACUAGGCUUUGAUUGUCUUGUUUUAUCUUUAUCAUGGUUUUCUUUGGAACCAAACUGCAAAUAAUUUACAAUUCAGUCUAGGUUGCUAAUAUAAGCAUGUGAACCUGCUUUGUUUGAAGGUCGGCAGCCUGUGCUCCACACUCCAGUGUUUUGUGUUUAAACAAAAACAUGAUUGAUCAUGAUUUAUCUGGAAUUCUCUUUAUAUUGGUAUUGUUUGUAAAUCUUUGUAUUCGUUUGGAAUAGAAAACAAGUUUGUCUUGUCUAAAAAAUAAAAUUGAAAUAUUCCACAAUCAGAUGUUUGAAAUAUAA